AUGGUCCACGGUCAGGUGCUCGGCGCGCGUCUGGCGCCGUGUUGCCGGUCGCUCGCCAGGGCCGGCGCCCUCCGAAGCCGCGCCGCUGCGCCAGUCGCAAGCACCCUCCCCAAAGCGGCACGGCACCGAGCUUUUGGCAGCACGCCGCGCAGGUUCCGCGAGAGGGUCUCAUCCAGAGAAGACGACUCCACGACCGCUGUGAAUGGAGCCGAGCCGGAGCUUAAUCCUGCCUUUGCUGAUAUUGCAUUUGCCUUUGACAUUGAUGGCGUGCUUUACAAGGGACAGGAAGGCAUCCCGGGAGCGAGAGAGAUGCUGCAGAAAAUCAGACGGCAAGGGCUGCGCUACGUGUUUCUGACGAAUGGCGGCGGCGCGCAUGAGAAUGCCAAGGUGGCGUCGCUGGCGAAGCGGCUGGGCCUCGAGAAUCCAGAGGUUGUGCUCAAGGACAGAGUUAUACAGUCACAUACGCCCAUGCGAAGCUGGGACCAAGACAUCAAGGAGAAGGGAACUGUGCUCGUGACGGCAUCGCAGCCUGAAAGGGCAAGGCAGCUUGCCCGAGAAUACGGAUUCAAGCGAGUCGUGACACCGGCGGAUUUGCUCGCCGCAAACGGGCACAUUUACCCCUUUGCCCACCUCCGCGACAGCCUGCACAAGGAGUUCUCACCGCUGCCCGACGGCAAGAGCGCCGCUGCCAUCACUGACCCCUACAGCCGCGACAUUCCGUCUGACGCCCUCCAGAUUGACCAGAUCCUGGUGUGGAACGACCCGCGCGACUGGUCGCUCGACAUCCAGGUCAUCCACGACCUGCUCGUUUCGCACCGGGGCUACCUCGGCACCAUCUCGACCCUGAACGGCGACCGCUCGCUCGCCGACCACGGGUGGCAGCAGGACGGGCAGCCGGCGCUGUGGAUCUCGAACCUAGACCUCGUGUGGAAGACCGAGUACCCCGUGAACCGCUUCGGCACGGGCGCGUUCCUGCACGCGCUCGAGGGCGUGUGGGCGGCGGUGACGGAGGGCGCGGCGCCGCUGCGGUACCACGCGCUGGGGAAGCCGUCGCGGCACACGUACGCGUACGCGCACGAACGGCUGCUGCACUACGACGCGGACGUGCCCGAGGCGCAGAGGGCGGGCAGGCGGCAGAAGAGGAGGCCGCUGCGCAGGGUGUACAUGGUGGGGGACAACCCGGAGAGCGACAUUCGCGGGGCCAACGAGUUUGCGCCCGAGGACGGCACAAAGUGGGAGUCGAUCCUGGUGCGCACGGGUGUCUUUCAGCCGACGAGGGCUGAGCCAGAGCCAAGGUACAAGCCGACAGUGAUUGUGGACGAUGUGGUGGACGCGGUUGUGUGGGCGUUGCAGAAUGAGGGUGCGGAUGUGUCGAGGGAGUGGUUGCUGUCCAAGUGA